UCUCUAUUUUCUUAAUUACAUGUUUGAAAUAAAUCAAGUUAUUAUAGCUCACCUAUUAUAUGACAGGUCACAACCAAUUAUACUUUGCAAGUUGGACGAGUGCAGAGCGGCACAUUACUGCAGGCUGUUCUGUCACGCUUAGCACUGGUUUGUACUCCAAGAUUAAUCUGGUGGUUUUUAAUUAGGAUAUAGGUGCAGAAAACUGAUCAUUCAGCACAGUGGGACCAGAACACAGCAGGAAAGAUAGGGUACUAUGGAAAACAAAGAAAGUGUUUCAGCAUUGUAGCUCAACAAAGAUGGAAGUUAAAAUGAAAGAGAAUGAAGGACAAAGACAGUUUUAUGUCUCCUAAUGCUCCCACACUGUGUGUCUGCUUGAGUCUUAAUGAUGCUCUUGUGAUUUACAGGGCUGGUCUGCUGAUUCUGAGAACAACGGUCAUCGGACCUGAACCUGACCUUUCGAGGAAACUGUGUUUUGAUAACACUUCGUUUCACGGAAACGAAGUUCCCAAUGAAGAGUUAGUUUUUUGUGGCUUCGCCUCAGCUUGAACACAGGUGGUUAGUCACGGAUCAGCACACAACAAUUCUGACAGAACUGAUGGAUGAUCCCAGCAAGAGCAGGAAAAACAAGGACCAGUCUGCGAGGCCCCAACCCUGCCGGCUCCCGGAGCCUGGCAAACACAUGAGCACGUCUCUGUACCCAACAGACUUCACAGGCUCCAAAGAGGACUACAUGGACAGUGGAGAAGGCGCUGUGUUUGGAGCAGUGGAGCCCCCCAGACGCUCGCGGGGCCGGCUCAUCCUUCACGCCAUGGUCAUGUUCGGAAGGGAAUUCUGCUACGCCGUGGAGGCAGCGUUCGUCACACCGGUGCUUCUGAGCGUGGGCCUGCCCCGCAGCCUGUACAGCCUGGUGUGGCUGAUCAGCCCCGUCCUGGGCUUCCUGCUACAGCCCGUCAUUGGCUCGGCCAGCGACUACUGCCGCUCACCGUGGGGCCGGCGGAGGCCUUACAUCCUCGCCCUGGGCAUCCUCAUGCUGCUGGGGAUCACCCUGUUCCUGAACGGAGACGCUGUCAUCUCAGCGCUGGUCACUGACAGGUCAUUGAGGAGUAUAUGGGCCAUAGUGGUGGUGAUGUUCGGGGUCGUGCUGUUUGACUUCGCUGCAGACUUCAUUGAUGGGCCCAUCAAGGCCUACCUGUUUGACGUGUGUUCCCAUCAAGACAAGGAAAGAGGUCUGCACUACCACGCUCUGCUCACAGGUCUGGGCGGAGCGUUUGGCUACCUGGUGGGAGCUAUGGACUGGGGUCACUCUGUGAUGGGUCAGCUGCUGGGCUCAGAGUAUCAAGUCAUCUAUUUCUUCUCAGCAUUGACCUGGGGUAUCUUUCUCACCGUGCAUCUCUUCAGUAUCCCAGAGCAACCUCUGGGCAAGGACCGCUCCACCUCCGACCUCUCUCCUCCCAGUGCCCUCCACCUGCUGGGGUCACAUAGCAAUGGUUAUGGGGCACUGGUUAACAAAGAGCCCGUCUCACCGAUAGCCCCAUCGUCUGUCCCAGACCUCAGGCCAAGGUCAUUUUCUGCUCUCGGAGAGGCCAACUCAGUGACCUCCAGUGCCAAGCAGCCAAACAAGGAGGCUCAGAAAAGGAUGACAUUCAGGUCAAUGAUGAAAACUAUCAUCAACAUGCCGAACCACUAUCGCUACCUGUGUGUCAGUCACCUGCUGGGAUGGACGGCUUUCCUCUGCAAUAUGCUCUUCUUCACUGAUUUUAUGGGACAGAUUGUGUACAAGGGAGAUCCUUAUGCAGACCAUAACUCCACAGCCUACGCCACAUACGAGAGAGGAGUCGAAGUGGGCUGCUGGGGGCUGUGUAUCAAUGCUGUGUCCUCUGCUCUCUACUCCUACGUGCAGCGUUUCCUCCUCCCAUACAUCGGCCUGAAGGGAUUAUAUUUCAUGGGCUACUUUGUAUUCGGCAUGGGCACCAGCCUGAUCGGCCUCUUCCCUAACAUCAUCGCAACGCUGAUCCUCUGCAGCGUGUUCGGCGUCAUGUCCAGCACGCUCUACACCAUCCCAUUCAAUCUGAUAGCGGAGUAUCAGCGGGAAGAGGAGGAGCAAGUGAAGCUACGAGGCAGCAGUGGAAGUGAGCGGGGCACCGGGGUGGACUGUGCCGCCCUCACAUGCAUGGUCCAGCUGGCUCAGAUCAUCGUGGGCGCGGGUCUCGGAGCACUGGUCAACAUGGCAGGAAGUGUAGUCGUGGUGGUCCUCUCGGCUUCGACCAUGUCCCUGAUCGGCUGCAUCUUCAUCGGCCUCUUUAUCAGAUAUGUGGACUAAUUUUGCUUAUAUAAAAGUAUUUUAAUUGUAUUGUUUUAAUAAAUACAGAUUCUUUAUUAUAUCCUUGAA